GCGCCAUCCUGCAUCCCAUGCGCCUGCAAAUGACCCUGACGGUGAAGGCUCUUGAGGACGAUCAGAGCAGGCAUACGGACUUCUAUGGCUUGAAAGUUUUGGUGGAGCCAGUGAGGGUCACCCUGCAGCCGAAUCACCUGAAAGCUGUGUUGGUGCUACAGAGCAACAUUGAUCAGUUGAAGGCAGAAAUCGAGGCCGCACCGCCAUCCCAGGUCUCCCGCGCUUCGCAGACGGUCAAAGCCGGGUCCUCCGGCAGCCCAUGGACCGGGCAUCUGCAGGUUGAUUUGCCGGUGCUGCGCAUGGGUGCGGUGGCCUCACCUGAGGAACCAGAGUCCUGCAUCCUGGUGCUGGAGGCCGUGACGGCCAGUGCCCUGGUGGCCGUGGGCACCGCCAUCGGCGUCGACACGACCUCCGCCGCGGAGCAGGCCGCUGCCGCCGCCGCGGUGGCCGCGGAGGCCGCGGCGGCGGCGCAGCGCGGCAAGGCGGCAGCUGCGGCCACAGCGCAGGACACCGAGGAGAGCGUGACGGCUCUGGACUUCUGUUUGCAGCUUCAAGCGCGGGUAGGGGCUAUCUAUGCUGAUACGGUGUCCAUCAAUGGACCUGAGGAGCAAGAGACGCCGGUCUUGGAACCUACCUCCAUCGAUCUGCAUGUGCCGGCCUACCAGGGCCUGAGAACCAAGAGAAAGGUCUGGUUGGGCAAGGAGCUGCUUCAGGCGUUUUGCCCGCAGCUCGCUAUCACCUGGGUGAACUUCCACGCCAGCGAGGUCAAUGCUGCCGUGCUCUCGCGGCUCUACAGUUGCUUCGAACUGGCACGGCAGCACAACCGUCGCCAAGGCUCAGUCGGGGCGGUGGCUUCUUACUUCAGCGUGAAGAAGAGCAGGGCCGUGAUCGCUGUACCUGAUCAGUCGGGCCAAAGGUUGAGCCGCAUGAUCGCGCGGCUCCCAGAGGAGAUGGGUCUCCCCUUGGACGUGGCCAAGCGACGGGCCCGGAAGGUGGUGACGCGCGUGUAUCGAAGCCGGGGAACCAAACAACAGCGGAUUGCCAAGAGUAGGAGUGCCUUGCUGGACACCCCGGGGGAGCGCAAGGGACCGGUGCGGUCCAUGCUUCCGAUGAUCGCCCGGGCAGAGGAUUUGGUGGUGGGAGCAGGACGUGUCGCCAAGGAUGCCAUGAAAGAUACCGUCAAGCGCUCCGGGGAGGUCUUCAAGGAGCUCCGAAAAGCGGCCGCGGCAGAGGUGGUGAUUUCGCGCGAGGUGGAUGAGGCUGAUGAGCUGGAGCGUGUGGUGACCACAGGACUGCGCUUUGGUGAGAAGGAGACUCAAGGAAAACCGGAGAACCUGGGCCUUGGUAUCCUGCCCGGCUGGCCCUUAGCAGACAUGCGGGCAGCCUUGCGGCAUCGCUCGAGGACCUGUACGGUGAUCACGUUGCCGUUGUUGCCACCAACGACUUGGCAGCAAAUCGGCCGCGAUUCCCUGCGGGACUCGCACACUUCGAAACGCUUCUCGCGGACCUCCAAACAAUCUGAGGAGGAGCAGGAACUGACAUCUCAUUCCACGGCCACAGAAGAGCGGCAGAAGAGCGAGAUGCCAGAUACAGAGGCGGGUCUCUAUGAGGACGACGACCAGACGGACGUGAACUCGGAAUAUUCCAGGUUCAAUAGUGGCUGGAGCGCGAACGAGGAGGACGCGCAGACACUCUCCCCGGGCUCCACCCACAGCCGCGACGGCGACACCCGGCGCUCCAUGCGCUCCUCGGUGCGCUCCAUGGCCUCGUCGCUGCGGAGUCGGAAGAGCCGCCGGAGCUCGCAG